AGUUCUAUAAACAAGACGACUUGAAUGUAGUUUUCUUGUGAUCGCAAGAUCGAGUGUUAAACAGUAAGUGGCGCCAGUACCCUUCGAGGAAGAGGAGGCCGACCAACUAACCACACACAGAAUCUUCCACUUCCUUUUAAGGGGAGCAGGGUAAGGGAUGGAUGGAGCCUCUGCACCGUCGAGAAAAAGAAAUACUUACACAUUAAGACAAACAACGUAGACGCCAGUGUGAUAUAUUUCUUUUAUAAAAGUUUAUUCUAAGUAAAGCAUUACAAAUAGUGAAAAUUAAUUCAAAAGGAAUUUAGAUUAGUGUUUGUGCUCGUGUUUAUUGGAAAAAUUUUCGCAUUAUUUUUCAUUGGUGACUAGAACAUGAAAAAGUAAGUGCAUAACAGUAAUGAACAUUUUAUGAGUCUGAAAUUUCUCAUAAGAGUGAGACUGUGCUUACGUCCCGCCAUGGAAGCAGGACCAUUCCAGCUGAGUAAUGGUAAAGAGCUCAAGAACUAAGAGUGUAUGAAAACGGGAAAGCGAGGUGGACAGCGCACGAGCUGACACCUCGUAAUGCAAAGCAAGUUUGAACACUAUAUUAUGAAUACAAGUGAAUGCUACAGAAGAAAAAUAAGAAAAUAGUGAACUGUCUUCAGGGUGCGACAUGAGAGGCAUGGAGUUACCUGUGAAGUCUAUAACUCUCUCGGCAAGGUGGAGGAAAGGGAAGGGGAAAACUGGUCAGUCCUUUUCCUUGCCUUCAUAUUCCUGUUCCAUCGCUCCUCUCUCUUCCAUGUACCUUCUGCUGCUGCUUGGCCUCGCCUACCAGACUGUGGGCUCCGACGUCAUCAGAAUCGGUGGGCUGUUCGAUCCACUGGAUGAACGGCAGCAGGUGGCCUUCAGGUAUGCUGUGGACGCCAUCAACAGUGACCGGACGCUGCUGUCCCACGCACGCCUUUCUGCUCAAAUCGAAGUCAUUCCUCCCAAUGACUCCUUCAGGGGCUCCAGGAAAGUGUGCUCACUGCUGAAGUCUGGCGUUGCGGCCAUUUUUGGGCCACAGUCUGGCCAGACCUCAGCCCACGUACAAUCCAUCUGUGACGCGCUGGAGGUGCCACACAUAGAGAACAGGUGGGACUUCCGGCUCACCCGUGACGCGUACUCCGUCAACUUAUACCCACACCCGUCUACACUGUCCCAGGCGUACAUGGACGUGCUGAUGACACUUCGGUGGCGCAAAUUCUGCGUCAUUUACCAGAAUAACGAGGGCCUGGUCAGGAUACAGGAGCUGCUCAAGAACCAGACAUGGCAGAUCAGCCUCAAGCAACUCCCGCUCACGGACGACUACAGACCCAUGCUGAAGGACGCCAAGAAGGCCGGAGUGACCCACGUGGUGCUGGAUGUAGAGCGAAGCAAGAUAUUCACGGUGCUCAAACAGGCACAGCAGAUCGGUAUGAUGACAUCCUACCACAACUACUUCAUCACCUCCCUGGACCUGCACACAGUGGAGCUGGAGGAUUUCCGUCACGGGGGCACCAAUAUCACCUGCCUGAGGCUCGUAGACCCAGAGAAUCCCCUGGUACAGAGCGUCAUGCAGGACUGGACGUUCGGGGAAGUGCGUCACGGUCGCGCCGUGGACACACUCACUUCCUCACAGCAGAAAAGUAACACGACAUUAUUGAAGACAGAGGUGGCGCUCAUGUAUGACGCGGUCCAACUCUUCGCCAAGGCUCUUGAUGACCUGGACCGCUCUAGACACAUUGACGUUACGCCCCUUGAGUGUGACGGUGACUCCACGUGGGUGCACGGCAACUCGCUGGUGAAUUAUAUGAAGUGGGUGAGUAGUACGUGCGUGUUUCUUAACUUUGGUAAUUCGGAAAUCAAAUGGUAUCCUAUCAGUGUCAUGUUCUUUUUUUUUUAUGUAAGAAGCAUCAGCAGUCUCGAUGAUGUGAUCAGUGACCAACCAUGCAGUGGCGUCCUGUGGAGGGUGGUAGACAACACACACAAUGAUGGAGGCUGUGUUGCAGGGGUGGAGGGGGGUAACCCUCACCCACAGGGCCUCCAAUCCGGCGGGGAUGUCAACAUGUGGGACCCUUCGAGCGGCGCCAACUACUCCAGGACGUACAGUGAGGUGCAGCAGGGCAUCGUGGAGAGUUUGCAGAACAAGACGCUCGUCAUCACCAGUAUCUUGGCGUCGCCGUACACAAUGCUGCGGGAAACCUCGGAGCAGAUGACCGGCAACGACCGCUACGAGGGUUUCUGCGUCGAUCUCAUCCAUGAAAUUUCAGAAAUCCUCGGCUUCAACUAUACGCUGAAGAUUGCGGACGACGGUCAGCACGGGAAGUUUGACAAGAAGCUCGGUAGAUGGAACGGCAUGAUUGGGGAACUGCUGGACCAGAAAGCUGACCUGGCAAUCGGCGACCUGACCAUCACCUACGAGAGGGAGCAGGAGGUGGACUUCACUAUGCCUUGGAUGAACCUGGGCAUCACCAUACUGUACCGGAAGCCCACCAAGAAACCGCCCAAUCUGUUCAGCUUCCUGUCUCCUGUGUCACUGGACGUGUGGCUGUACAUGGCCACCGCCUACCUGGGCGUCUCCCUCCUCUUGUUUGUGCUGGCUAGGUUCUCUCCUUAUGAGUGGUCGAACCCUCAUCCAUGCGACACCACUCCUGAAAAACUUGACAACGGAUUCUCCCUCCUCAACUGCCUCUGGUUUUGUAUUGGUUCCUUGAUGCAGCAAGGCGGAGAUCUGCUGCCGAGAGCUGUAUCAACACGCAUCGUGGCGGGCAUCUGGUGGUUCUUCACGCUCAUCAUGAUCUCCUCGUAUACCGCUAACCUCGCCGCCUUCCUCACCGUGGAGCGCAUGGAGUCCCCCAUCGAGUCAGCUGAGGAUUUAGCCAAGCAAACUAAAAUCAAAUACGGUUCGCUUUACGGCGGCUCCACCUGGAACUUUUUUAGCACUUCGAAGCUUCCCGUGUACCAGAGAAUGUUCACCUUCAUGGAAUCCCAAAACCCAACGGUGUAUACCAAGUCCAACGAGGAGGGCGUGAAGAGAGUGCAGAAGAGUGACGGCCAGUACGCCUACAUGAUGGAGUCGUCCAGCAUUGAGUACAUCACGGAGCGUUACUGUGACUUGACGCAGGUGGGCGGUCCACUCGAUUCCAAGAGCUACGGCAUCGCCCUUCCGCCAGGGUCGCCUUACCGCACGCUGAUCAACGCGGCCGUACUGAAGCUGCAGGAGGCAGGAGUCCUUCAUGGACUGAAGCGCAGAUGGUGGAAGGAGAAGAGAGGCGGGGGAACUUGCCAGAGUGACGAGUCGAAGAGCUCCUCCAAGGCCAAUGCACUCGGCCUGAACAACGUGGGCGGCGUGUUCGUGGUGCUGCUGGCCGGCAUGGGUCUCGCCUCGGUGGUCGCCGUGUGUGAGUUUGUGUGGAAGUCAAGAAAGCUGGCCACGGAAGAACACGCUUCCGUUUGGACAGAGAUGAGUAAGGAACUGAAGUUCGCGCUCUCCUGUGACUCUUCUUCGAAGCCAGUGAGGAAGAAACUGUCAGACCACGAGAACGGACCUUCCUACCUCUCCAUGAACAAUACUUUCGGUUCAUCAUUCACCGCCUCCCACUAUUCCUUCCUAUCCAAGGAGCCAAUAUCUUGACAACUUCAGGUAUUCCAUCAGCCGGACU